GACUGACAACUCCAGCAAAUUCCUUUGCCCAGUCACUUCGAGCUGAAGUUUCGUUGGAGUUGCACUAAGUUACAUAAUUUUUGAUAGAUCGGGACUAAGUUAGUAGCCAGUAACUAUGAUGCCCCGUUACAUGGUCCAAUGGCGAGUGUACGUCUAUGCCAACUCGCUGUAUUCGCUGCCGGAACGCCAUAAGUCCGACUAUCGCGAUGUGUCGCCGCAAUAUUUUAGCCGCAAUCCCUUCGAGAUCCAUCGGGUUAUGAACUGGGUGAACCGGGAUAUUUCGGUGCUCGUUAAAACCGGUAAGGCGGAUGUCUUCUGUCUGUACGAGACGAUCCUCGACCUGCUACCCCGUGUCAGCAUGAAGAGCUCGAGCUUCAGCUCGGAGCUGUUCCUCUACAUUGGCCCCAAGACCCAUCAGUUUGUCCACGAGCUGAUCAACUUUGCCCGAUCCCCGUACAACGACCUCAUCGCCUACGAGUGUAACACCCAGUACAGGGCGUUGCCGGAGGAUGAGAAUGCCCCCAGCACCUCGUCGAUGGCCAGAAUGCGUCGGGAUUUGACCCUGCGACUGCACAGCUUUGUGGAGUUCUCGCGUCGCAUCAACCACGACGAUUGCGGCGGCUUCGAGGCCGAUCUGGAGCUGGAGGACGAGGACUACGGGGAGCUGCAGGAUCUGAUGAGAGAGCAGCUCGAGCAGCCUUUGCCGGUGCAGCUGGGCAGGCCAACGCCGGCCCCCAGAGCGAGCCAAGUGGCUACUGGUCAGGGAGGUCAGCAAUCAGCGGCCCAAACAGGCGGACAAACCCAGCAGCAGCAGCAGCAGCAGCAGCAGCCGGCUCAGCAAUCCCAACAGCCAGGAGCACAGGCAGGAGCACACCAAAACCAAAACCAGCAGCAGCAGCAGCAGCAGCAGCAACCAGGACAUCAGCCGUCUACAUCCUCCUCCAGCGGCAUGCUAGCGAACAGAAUGCAGGUGGAGGAUCUGGAUCUAGAGAUGGCCAUCGAGCGCAGCAUGUUCGAUGCCAGGACAGGACAGGAUGGCAAUCUCGUCCUGCCAAGCGGACGAUUGAUCCGUGUAGGCAAUGCCCGUUUAUUGCGCAAUCUCCACGCACACGCAUUAGGAUCGAUAUCCGGAUCUCGGCAAACUGCCACUCGCUCCCGUCGUCGUCAUCCGCGCUAGGAUAAACCUUUAACUACAAAUGUCCUGUUGCCACUUUUUAGGCUCAUGUAUAAUACAUAGUACCAAAUGCGCUGCGAUCUCUCUGAAUGCUCGCGAAUACGGCAAAUAAAAAAGGGUUCAAAUAGCAUUAAAAAUUGAUAACGAUAACU